UAAUUAUCUUUUCUCUAUCGGAAUAUUUCUCUCUCUCUUCUCUCUCUAAGAACGUAAAACCUCAGUACUCUGCCUGCUCUGCUGCUUCCCUUCGUCACUAGAUCUAGUCGAAGGUAGACCAAAUCUCCAACCCCUUACUUCCAUAUCCCAAUCCAAGUGCUAAAGCUUGGAAUUUUAGUCGAUACUGUAAAAUUAUGGCCGAGACCAAGCACAAGGAUGUCUCCGUGGGGAGUGGGGACACUGAUGGAGGCGAAACCCUAGCUGGGCCUAUGGAAGUCGUUCUUGAAGGUAAUAACGGGGAAGACAUAAUGGUGGAGGUACUGGGGUCUGACGUGUUCGUGGAUGGUGUCCGGAGUCACGAAGGUGAGGGCGAUUCGGCCGGUGAAGUGGGCCAUGGUGGGCCUGUCGAUGAGGCCAAGCCCGAGUUGGAGAUUGACGGGAACCUGCAGGAAAGCGGGGUUCCGGGGGAUGACUUAGGGGUCAACAGCUCGGAGAGAGGUGAGAUGGUUGGCGGUGAUGGUGAAGAUGCCAUCUUGAAGGAGAUUAGAAGCACAACGGGGGUUGAUACUCAGAUUGGGGUCACCGAGAUAGAGGAGGAGGAUUUAAUUGUUCAGGACACGCAGCUUCUUGAUGAGGACACGCAGCCUGUUGAGGAAAGUUUGGCAGAAGAGGUUUCUGAAAGGAAUGAGGUUGAUGGGGUGUCGAAGGUCCCUGUUGUUGAGAAAGGUGUGGAAGAAUCGGUAGAGGCGGCCAAGGAAAAGGAUGGGCAGUUGGUUGACCAGAGUGUUAAUGCAGUUGAGCAGAAAACUCAAGAAACUACUGUUCCUGAUGAGGAAAAGAGUAAAGUCCAGAGCUUACAUGGUGAAGAUAAUUUAAACUCCAAGAACGGUGAAACUCAUACUAAUGAUGUUCCAGAAGUAGGUGCAGAAAAGGUUCCAGUGGUAGAUGAUGUUCCUGAUAGAGGCGAGGCAAAAGACGAUGUGCCUGUUACAAAUGCUGUGUCCGCGAAGGAACCUGAUUCAGUUGCAGUUGAAGGGGGAGUUGAGACGACAACCAUGGAAGGGCCUUCGGACCCAGCGGUUGUGACGACAGAUGCUGCGGUUCCUGAUGCAACUCCAAGUUUAGCGGAAGACCAGAAAGCAAAUGGUGAGAGUUUAGAGGCUGUGACAUUAGUUGCCGGAGACGCAGAAAUGGAGCAUGGAAAGAUUGUCUCGAAUGCCGGAGGAGAUGGAGCUCCAAAACCUGAAGAAGAACCUGCGGAUGGGGAGACUAAGGAUGGGAAAGGGAUGGUGGAUCCGAAUGUUGGGCAAGAAAUGGAAACUGACCGAGAAAUUGUGACAGAUGCCGAAAAGGUAACUUCAGAUGGGAAUGAAAAUGCGGUUAAAGAAGAGCCGCUAAAAGUUGAGUCUGUGACUGUUGUUACGGAGUCUGUGACUGUUGUUGCUGAGGUUGCCGAGACAGUAGAGAAAGCUGUUUGCGACCCGAACGUGGAAGUCCCUGCUGACUACAGUGCUGGGGAGACUCCUAUUGAUGUGGUUUGUGAGGGAACUCAGAAUGAUGUUGAAAUGACUGAGGCCAGUGAGGGGGUUUUAGAUUCAAGCGUUGAAGUUUCAGAGCCUGCAGAUAACAACCAAAAUACGGUCGAUGAGAGCAGGGAUGUGGAAGAUAAAGAGGCAGUUGUUGAUACUGAGAUGGCUGAUUUACAGGAAGUUGGUGGUGCAGAAACUGAUGAGGAGAAGAACAUCAAGCAGGGCGGUGCUCCCAAAACUGAGGUCCAAGCAAGUUAUCAGCUCCCACCCGAGAAAGAACUCGAAGGCGAAUUUUCUGUCUCCGAUUUGGUGUGGGGCAAAGUGAGGAGCCACCCGUGGUGGCCUGGGCAGAUCUUUGAUACAUCAGAUGCAUCUGAGCAGGCAGUCAAGUACCAGAAGAAGGACUCCUUCUUGGUGGCCUAUUUUGGGGAUCGAACCUUUGCUUGGAAUGAGGCAAAUCUGUUGAAGCCCUUCAGGACCCAUUUCUCUGUUGCAGAGAAACAGGGAAGCUCGGAGUCCUUCCAGAAUGCAGUUGAUUGUGCCCUGGAGGAGCUCUCAAGGAGGGUUGAGCUAGGGCUAGCCUGUUCUUGCACUCCGAAGGAAGCCCUUGAAAAGAUGAAGUUUCAGGUUGUUGAAAAUACUGGGAUAAGGGAAGAGUCAAGUAAGAGGGAGUGCGCAGGAGAAUACUCCAAAGGUAGUUGUUUUGAGCCUGACAAGUUAAUGGGAUACAUGAAGGAGUUAGCACAAUUCCCAUGUGGAGGGGCCGACAGAUUGGAACUUGUGAUAGCUAAGGCCCAGCUGCUGAACUUUUACCGCCUCAAGGGCUAUUCUCACCUACCUGAAUUGGUACUCACUGAUGGUUUCUCGGAUGAGGCGGAGAAUUUACAGCAUGAGGAGGAGAACAGGAUUUUGGGCGAAGCUACAGAUACAGCUGGUUCACUGAGUGUAGAGGAAGAGGAGGAGGAUUCUUCAGGACAGGAGGGUUCAAAACCUCGCUCGUCUCUGAAACGAAAGCACAACUUAAGGGAGAGCACAUACCCCUAUAAGAAAGGAAGAAGCAUGACAGAGCUGAUGGGACCCGCUACCGAUGAGGAUGAUAGGAGGAAGAGCAUUUCUGUUGCAAAAGUCACUAACACUGCCACGCAACCUGCUACAGCCCCAAAGCCAUCCUUUAAGAUAGGGGAAUGCAUCAAGAGGAUCGCAAGUCAACUCACAGGGUCUCCGCUUGUGAAAUCGAAGAAUGAAUCAGACCCUUCACAAAGCACUGAGGAUUCUGAGAAAGGUGCGGGAGUGGCUUCUGAGUACUCAUCAAUGGAGGAUUUGCUAUCGCAGCUUCAGGUGGCAGCUCAGGAGCCAAUGCUGGAGCACAGCUUCUCCAAUGUGAUUGCCUGUUUCUUCUCUGAUUUCAGGAACUCCGUCGUCCUUGAUCAGAACCCAGAGCUGGGCAAAUCAGGUGGUGGUGGCAAGAGGAAGAGAUUAGCCCACCUUGAUGGGUUCUCAGAGGCAUUUGAGUUCGAGGACAUGAACGAUUCUUACUGGACAGACAGGGUUAUAGAGAAUGGGGCUGAUGAGGAGCCACAUUCCGACGGAGGUGGCAGAAGAGUGGAGCAUCAGCUUGUCCCAGUCGACUCGGGGAAGCCUCAUAAGACAGGCCGCAGGCCUUAUAAGAGGCGGCUCCAAGAGACCAAUCACGAGAUGCAGCCGGAGAAGCCACCUGGGUAUAUUGAUGCGAAUGCCCCGGCGGAGCUUGUCAUUGCAUUUCCUGAGUAUGGGUACUUACCCUCUGAAGCCAACCUUAGUAGGAUGUUCAAGCGGUUUGGGCCUAUCCGAGAAUCAGAGACAGAAGUCGAUAGGGAGACUAGCAGGGCCCGUGUGGUUUUCAAGAAGUGCUCAGAUGCAGAGGUUGCCUGCAGUAGUGCAAGAAGGUUCAAAAUAUUCGGGCCAAUUCAUGUGACUUACCAGCUUAACUAUUCUGUGUCUGAGACAUUCAGAAGUUCGGGUCUCGCGAUGAUGGAAGUCCCUGAGGAGGAUGGCUUCUGAUAUUCCGCAAGUUGACUUUUGUUGGAAAUUUAAGGCUUGAAAAUAUCGGAAGAACUUAUUCUCGUGGCCGAGUCAAAGAGUUUCACAUGAGGACGUGUUGAAGACUACUAUGGACGUUGGCACGGAGGCUAUGGCGAUUGGGAAUUAUGUCGGGUAGCCUGUCCGUUGUUGAUGAAAUGGUCUUUGCCUUUCUUCUCAGUUUAGUUAGAUCUCUUUUAGCUCUCAUCUAAAUUUUCCUUUUUAGCCUUGUGUACUGUUAAGAUCAUGACAGGUGAUUCGGUCUCCUGUACUACGUAGAGUUUACUUAGAUCAGCUGUAGCGACUGCAAAUUCCUCUGAAUUUGUUUCUCCACGUUGCCCCGUUGGUGAAAUAUUAUUUGAUGGUGCCCCUGAUUCGGAACAGCGACGAUCUAAAUUGCUU